CUCCAAAAGCAGCUUUUUCUUAUCUUUUCAAUUCUACCCACUCCUCUCUUUCUCUCUUGUUUCCUUUAUUUUCCCUUCUCUUGCAUGGUCUAAGGCUAACCAAUAAUAUCGUUGUUCUUUUCCUGUGAACAAAAACAAAAAAAGAAAAACCAUACAUUUUGUAACACCUAAGGACCAAAGAUGUCUCGCAGUUGCUCACAGUGUGGAAAUAACGGCCAUAACUCAAGAACAUGCGGGGAGAAUUCUGGUGGUUCCGCCGCUGGAGAGAGUGGUAUUAUGCUAUUUGGUGUGAGAGUGAUGAUGGAAGGUGCUUCCUUCCGUAAGAGUGUUAGUAUGAAUAAUCUUUCUCAAUAUGACCAGCCGCAGGACCCCAACGCUGAUGUUGCUGCUGCCGGUUAUGAAUCCGACGAUGUCGUUCAUGCCUCCGGCAGGAGCCGCGAGCGUAAGAGAGGAGUGCCAUGGACAGAGGAAGAACACAGGCUUUUUCUAUUGGGGUUACAGAAAGUAGGGAAAGGAGAUUGGAGAGGAAUUUCGAGAAACUUUGUGAAGACACGUACACCUACUCAAGUUGCUAGUCAUGCUCAAAAAUACUUCCUCCGCCGGAACAACCAGAAUCGCCGUCGCCGGAGAUCUAGUCUCUUUGAUAUUACCACCGAUACGUUCUUGGGUUCAACAAUUGAAGAAGAACAAGUAGUAAUGCAUCAAGAAACUGCAACUGCUCUGCCACUACCACCACAGCCACACUUAAGCAACAAUAAUCUUGGAGUUGGGGGAUUUCCAAAGUCAACUUUCGCCGUGUCGCUUAGCCCUGCAGUAUUACCGGUCAAAGGGGACAUCAACAACUCAAUGGAGAGUCUCUCACUAGGACCAAUGAUCAGUAUCAUCUCAUCAAGCUCAAAAGCUAAGACAUUAUCAAAUCCGCUACCGCCACCAAAGCUUAUUCGUCCAAUACCAAUCAUUCCAGUUGCUGCAUCUUCAAGAAUAGGUGAACUUAACUUGGAUCAAAACAGUCCCACAACAGAAGAAACCUUGCCACUUUCACUGAAGCUAUCUACUCCCUCAUCAGAUGAGCCAGUGCCUACAGCAUCAACACCAACAACAACACUCUCUUCUUCUUCAGCAGCAGCUUUUCAGGCCAUGUCUGGUCAUGGUGACAGCACCAUUACUGUUGCUUGAAGAAUAUAUGCAAGAUUGUAAAGUUGUUUUUGUUUAUGGAAAAUAAUUAGAAUGAGAACAUUAAAAGGAGUAGGAUAUAAUUAAAUUAGAUUAAUUAAUUGGUAAUAGGUUGAUUUAGGUGAUCCCAUAUUGCACAGGUUAGAGAUGGAGAGGGAAGAAAAAGAUGGGAUGUCAUUUCGUUUGUGGGGAAAGAUUAGAUAUUGGAUUCUUGUAAUUUAUUUUGUCUGUUUGCUAUUUCUUUUUAAUGGUGGUGAGGUGAAGUGAUAGGGCACCCAGUACUCUUUUAUCUCUUCCAUUCAAUUUGGUGUACUAUGUUUGGUUGGAGGACUUUCAGCUAAACUAGAAGACAAAACAUCUGAAAGCUGAAUAUUCUGUUUAUAUUAAUUUCCUUUCCGGUUU